AUUCGGCCGCUAUAAAUGAGCGCUUCCCCUUCACAAUCCUCCGCCUUCGAAGGACGAAACGGUCUCCGGUCUAUCUCCAUCAUCCCUCUCUCCCCACCACCCAUCGACCCUCCCCCCGUCCCACGAUGGACCUACGCCGGAGACUUCCUCCGAAGCCGCCUCGCCCCUCGCCAGCGGUGGGGAAGCCCGCCACCCCUCCCCCCUGCGUCCGCUGCCCCUCCCGGCGGCGCCGCCUUCCAGGCGUCCGACGCACUUCCCCUCCCCAUCCGCUAUACCAACCUGCUCUUCUCCGCCCUCUUCAUGGUCUCCAUCUACUUCCUCAUGUGCCGGUGGCGCGAGAAGAUCCGCUCCACCGCGCUCCACGUCCUCACUCUCUCUGAGCUCUCGGCCAUCGUCGGCCUCGUCGCCUCCCUCAUCUACCUCAUCUCCUUCUUCGGCAUCGCCUACGUCCAGUCCUUCAUCUCCUCCCAUGACGACGACGACGGCGACGACUUCCUGCUCGCCGCCCCUGCUCCUGCUCCCGCUCCCGCCGCCCCUUGCUCCCUCCUCUCCACCGGCGACGCCCCGGAGAAAAUGCAGGUCCUUUCUAAUGACGACGACGAGGAGAUCGUCCGCGCCGUGAUCGCCGGUAAGGUGCCAUCCUACUCCCUGGAAUCGAAGCUCGGGGACUGCCGGAGGGCCGCCGGGAUCCGUCGGGAGGCGCUGAGGCGGACCACUGGGAGGGCCAUGGACGGGCUUCCUCUCGACGGAUUCGACUACGCGUCGAUCCUGGGGCAGUGCUGUGAGAUGCCGGUUGGGUACGUUCAGCUGCCGGUGGGGGUCGCCGGCCCACUGCUGCUCGACGGGAGGGAGUACUUCUUGCCCAUGGCCACCACCGAGGGGUGCCUGGUGGCGAGCACCAACCGGGGAUGCAAAGCCAUCGCGGAGUCUGGAGGGGGGUCGAGCUUGGUGCUGAGGGAUGCGAUGACGAGAGCGCCGGCCGUGAGAUUUGCGACUGCCAGAAGGGCCGCCGAGCUCAAGUUCUUCUUAGAAGAUCCCGACAAUUUCGAAAUGCUUGCCGUUGUGUUCAAUAGGUCCAGCAGAUUUGCUAGGCUCCAAGGAAUCCAAUGCUCGCUUGCGGGAAAGAAUCUCUACAUGAGAUUCAGCAGCAGCACUGGAGAUGCGAUGGGGAUGAACAUGGUCUCCAAAGGCGUGCAAAAUGUGCUGGACUAUCUGCAAAAUGAUUUCCCAGACAUGGACGUGAUCAGUAUCUCUGGUAAUUUCUGUUCAGACAAGAAGCCAGCUGCUGUAAAUUGGAUUGAGGGGAGAGGCAAAUCAGUUGUUUGUGAGGCAACCAUCAAAGAGGAGGUUGUGAAGAAGGUACUCAAGACCACCGUACCAGCGCUUGUGGAGCUCAACAUGCUUAAGAACCUUGCUGGGUCAGCUGUGGCUGGGGCCAUGGGGGGGUUCAAUGCUCAUGCCAGCAACAUCGUGACUGCCAUCUUCAUUGCCACUGGCCAAGAUCCAGCACAGAAUGUUGAGAGCUCACACUGCAUCACCAUGAUGGAGGCUGUGAAUGAUGGGAAGGAUCUCCACAUCUCUGUGACUAUGCCAUCCAUUGAG